ACGUUGCUCGGCUCAUUGGCGCUCGGCAAUCCGGACCAUGGCCCCCGCCGCCUGGAACGGUUCUCAACUCCGUGCACUUUCACAUCAAGACGAUCAUGCAGUGGCUGUCAAGUGCCCAGGUUUAUCUUGGGCCCAGCCUGAGUCCUCCGCCAUGAACUUUGUCCUUUGCCAUUAUCUCUCGCCGUUUGCGGUCGUGGAUUGGCGUGCCGCGAACGAGAUUCUCAACAUACCGGGGUCCGAGGGUAGACGUAAUAGAUAGACCGACGACAUGCUGCGGAUGGAACGGGGUAACGCCUCUGAGGCAGAUUUGGGCUUGACCUACACGAUUGACGAGCAGAGAAACGUCCGGCCCAGUAUGCUGUACAAUGUCCUCCCAACGAUGGUAUCCAACCGCAUACCCACAAUCUCUUCGCUCCGACAGUCCUUCAACGGAAAGCGCCAUGGAAAGAGCAAAUCGUUGACAGAGAUGCUUGCUCCCUCAACUCCUCCUCCACACUACACUUCAAGGCCCGGAAGUGGCAGCGUGACCCCAAACCUCAUUUCCGCAGAGAUGGACUUCGACUUCUCAGACGACGCCUCGGAACGGCCAAGCUCGUCGAUCGGUGCAGCACCGUCUCUAUUUGCUGCGUAUGAGGCAAAGACGGGAGUCAAUUGGAAAUAUGCUAGUUCAGGCAUAGGCCUCAUGACCCAAGCGUAUCGAGAAUCAAGCGUCCCAACCCGCGAAGCCGACGAGACGUCCACAAGCCUUACUCGCCAACUAUACAUACAUGGCAUGACAUACCUACUACGGGGUCUGCCCGCUGAGCUCACACCAGAAGAGACGUUAAGCCUCCAGGCUGCUGUGCCGCAAAGCAUAGCCAACUUGCAGGCAGAGCCGCACAACCACGCUUUAGUGCCUGUCUCCCAGCGUACAGCAAUCUCACAAGAGACGCGUCCGCAAGAACGCACCAUAUUGCAUCGGAUGACAGCCACGUUCGUUCUCCAGACCUUUAUCCUUGUCCAAUUCCUCCUGCCAUACAUCAGGCUCUUCCUCUCGCAUACCUACCAGUUCGAGCGGAAACACCAAAUCACGAAGCGGCUAGUCAACACGAGCGUCACAACCGUAGAUGAGCUGAGUCGAAAGAGUCUAAGGCUCUCGCAGACGAUCUGCCAGAUGAAUGAUGGGAAGGUGGGGCAGGCAAUCAACGAGAUGACGCUCUGGUGGGUGAGAGGUGUUACCGGCGGCGUUCAGCAGGGAAUUGAGGAGGGACUGAGUGUGAUCGGGGCACGGCCUGAGUGUUCGAGAGGAAGGGUGACGGUCGAGAAGAUUUGAAGAAGAGCAUACAUUUCCAUAUUCCAUAGCAUCGGGAAAGGCGUUAGUUAGGCAUCUGCUUUGAGCCCAUAGAUUCAUGACCAUAACGACAUAACUUCA